AUGGCAACUAUGACAUUGUCAGCCAGGCCUUCCAUGGAAGCCAUCGAAGAAACUGAGAUUUUGAGGAUUGGAGAACUCGCCUCGGUGAUCCAAGAUGGAGAUCUCUUUGGCAAGUUCGUGGCGGACGAGGGCUGCGGCUCCACGUUGGCCAUGCAGACCCUGAAGCAGGCAGCCGUGGCCUUCCAGGGAAUGAGCUUGUUGGUGCACCGCUUUGAAGUGGCGGGCAUGAAGAAGCCAGACACCUCGACCCUGAAGAUGGCAGCCCAAGUGGUGAAGGACUCCUACGCCAAAGCCUUGGAC